UCCAACAUCUAGAACUGUGACAAAUACGUUUCUGUCUUUUAAGCCACCCAGUCUAUGGUAACUUGUUAUGGCAGCCUGAACUGACUAAGAGACUAUCCAGUCUCAUGGAUCAAAUGUUAACAAAUAAUUGCAAUCCUGCUCUACUGGAGACUUCUUUGUUCUCAAUUGUAGAUUGAGGGAAUGGGCAAUUGAUAGAAACAAUUGUAAGAAAGUCCAGGGUGGUUUGAUGGUACAGUUAAGAAUUUAUAUCGUCAGUGUUCUGCCUGCUUCUGGACCAGCAAGAAGACUUGUGCUCCAGUUCUCAGAUUUCCCCAGCAGCAUGGCCCCCAAAUGCCAGUCUCCACUCCCGCCUGAGAAGAAGAAACCAAGACCACCUCCUGCUCAGGGACUGGACGAGACAUCGGCCUCUGCAGGCUUGCCGAAGAAGGGGGAAAAAGAACAGCAAGAAGCAAUUGAACACAUUGAUGAAGUACAAAAUGAAAUAGACAGACUUAAUGAACAAGCCAGUGAGGAGAUUUUGAAAGUAGAAGAGAAAUAUAACAAGCUCCGCCAACCAUUUUUUCAGAAGAGGUCAGAAUUGAUCGCCAAAAUCCCAAAUUUUUGGGUCACAACGUUUGUCAACCAUCCACAAGUGUCUGCACUGCGUGGGGAGGAGGACGAAGAGGCACUGCAUUAUUUGACCAGAGUUGAAGUGACAGAAUUUGAAGAUAUUAAAUCAGGUUACAGAAUAGAUUUCUAUUUUGAUGAAAAUCCUUACUAUGAAAAUAAAGUUCUCUCCAAAGAAUUUCAUCUGAAUGAGAGUGGUGAUCCAUCUUCAAAGUCCACCGAAAUCAAAUGGAAAUCUGGAAAGGAUUUGAUGAAACGUUCAAGUCAAACGCAGAAUAAAGCCAGCGGGAAGAGGCAGCAUGAGGAACCAGAGAGCUUCUUUACCUGGUUUACUGACCAUUCUGAUGCAGGUGCUGAUGAAUCAGGAGAGGUCAUCAAAGAUGAUAUUUGGCCAAACCCAUUACAGUACUACUUGGUUCCUGAUAUGGAUGAUGAAGAAGGAGAAGGAGAAGAAGAUGAUGAUGAUGAUGAAGAGGAGGAAGGAUUAGAAGAUAUUGACGAAGAAGGGGAUGAGGAUGAAGGUGAAGAAGAUGAAGACGAUGAUGAAGGGGAGGAAGGAGAGAAGGAUGAAGGCAAAGAUGACUAAUAGAACACUGAUGGAUUGCAACCUUCCUUUUUUUAAAUUUUCUCCAGUCCCUGGGAGCAAGUUGCAGUCUUUUUUUUUUGUUUUGCUUCCCUCUUGUGCUCAGUCACCCUGUUUUUGAGGUCUCUUUUCAGUACACCAUGGUUCUCAACUUAUUUUGGGGGAAAUAUCUUGAGCAGGUUACAAUGGGAAAAGAGUCUCUAUCCCUUUCUGUUUGAAAUUCCUUUUAUCCCUUCCUGUCUUAACAAAAACUGUAUGGAAUCACCACCACCGAGCUCUGUGGGAAAAAAGAAAAACGUGCUCCCGUCGCCUUGCUGGAAGCUGGAGGGUGCUAGGCCCCUGUGUAGUAGUGCCUAGAAUUCUAGCUUUUUUCCUCCUUUCUCUGUAUAUUGGGCUCAGAGAGUACACUGUGUCUCUAUGUGAAUAUGGACAGUUAGCAUUUACUAACAUGUAUCUGUCUACUUUCUCUUGUUUAAAAAAAGAAAAAAAAACUUUAAAAAAUGGAGUUAUAGAAGGUCAGCAAAGGGUGGGUUUGAGAUGUUUGGGUGGGGUAAGUGGCCAUUUUGACCACAUGGCUUCUCCUUUGGCAUGUUUAAUUGUGACAUUUGACAGACAUCCUUGCAGUUUAAGAUGACACUUUUAAAAUAAAUUCUCUCCUAAUGAUGA